GGGAAUGUGGCAAAGAAGAAGCGCGACACAUGUCUCGUGCCAACAACUCACCAGGUACAGACUACAUACUCGCUCAGUGUGUACUCGGUGGCAUUCGCAUCUUUUCCGCCCUUUUUUUUUGGUGGCAGCAUUUUGCUACAAAAUAUUGUCGAUUUUGAUCGCUUGCCUUUCCAUUACAGGCCUUUGGCACUACGGCGUUCAAUUGUUGCAAAUUCCGACAGCGUCUAGCAAUCAUGGAUUAUGAAAUGGAUCAGGCAAGCCUCGAUCUCAUCAUCCAGCUUCAAUUGGAAGAUGCCCAAAGCAUGGCCAAGGGAAAAUACCAGGAAGGCAAGGCCCCUGACUUCGAACUGGCACUUGAACUUUUCAACGCCGAGCUCGCGUCAUUUCACGCUUUUAUCCACGAUCGAGAAAUGAGCCGCAGCCUAGCUCGUGCCGUUGUGAGCGAUGCAGACAUCAUAAGACAGUUGGUCAACGAAGAGGAACAAGCGACUCGCGAUCGGAUGCUUGCGCUUCAUGGAUUUGAUGAUAAUGACAUCGCUGAGGGCAACCUCUUUCCAAAGAGACAGCCACCAGAUACAAGUUCGUUGAAAGAGAAUAUCUCUGAUGAAAUGGUCAACAAACUCAUACUUCUAUUUCAUGACGAUGGCGGACCUUCACCCAUUGCGGAGUCAUCUAGGAUGGGAGAGCGAGCUAAUAGAAUGAUGAUGACCAAAGUGGCCAAUAGACGCCGCUGCAUUGUUUGCAGUGAAGAUUUUCCAUUCGUCGACACAUUGCGAUGCCCUUGCUCUCACGAUUAUUGUCGCGGAUGCCUGUCCAAUUAUAUUAGUAAAGCAAUAAACGACGAGUCUAUAUUCCCCCCUCGAUGCUGCGGAAAACCGAUACCACUCGAUGGUGUGAACCAGAUCUUCAUCCCCCCGGAAAUACUUGGAAGAUAUCGCGCCAAGGAGCUCGAGUACGGUUCAGCGAAUAGGAUGUAUUGUCACGUACCCAAUUGCUCGACCUUUAUCCCCACGCAGUUCAUUAAAGAUGAGGUGGCGACGUGUGUCAAAUGCCGGAGCAAGACUUGCACCAUCUGUAAGGGCCCAUCUCAUACGGAUGACUGUCCUAAAGACACGGAAACGGCCAAUAUUCUUCGUAUUGCAGGAGAUAAUGGGUGGAAGAGAUGCUUUAAAUGUCGGAGAAUGGUAGAGUUGGCGUAUGGAUGCAACCAUAUAUAUUGUAAAUGCGGAGCACAAUUCUGUUACACCUGUGGGAAAAAAUGGAAGUCUUGCGGUUGUGAGUUGUGGAAUGAGAAUAUGCUGGUCGCUCGAAAUAUGGCUGCAAAUCAGCUCGCAGGCGGACAACGUCAAAUUGCGAAUCAAGGAUGGGGUCUAUAAAAGAAGAGAGGGGAGAGAAGAGUACAUAGAGGGGAUGAGAGACAUUUUACAAGAAGGUUGUCGUUGGAUGAUGGCCUCUCGUUGUUGGACACUAAAGUAUGCAGUGGCUGAGAUUGAAAUUCUACUAGACCGCUAGACUAACUCAAUAUAUUACAUAAACGUUGG